AUGGCAGGAAUGGCACCUGAGGGUUCUCAGUUCGAUGCUAAGCACUAUGAUUCUAAAAUGCAGGAGCUGCUGAGCACUGGUGAGACUGAGGAGUUCUUCACUUCAUACGAUGAAGUUUUUGAGAGUUUUGAUGACAUGGGCCUCCAAGAGAAUCUUCUGAGGGGCAUUUAUGCUUAUGGUUUUGAGAAACCUUCUGCAAUUCAGCAGAGAGGAAUUGUUCCCUUCUGCAAGGGUCUUGAUGUCAUUCAGCAAGCACAAUCUGGUACAGGAAAGACAGCAACUUUCUGUUCUGGGAUCUUGCAGCAGCUCGACUAUGGCCUUGUUGAAUGCCAGGCCUUGGUCCUUGCUCCCACCCGUGAGCUUGCACAGCAAAUUGAGAAAGUCAUGCGCGCACUUGGUGACUACCUAGGUGUUAAGGUCCAUGCAUGUGUAGGAGGAACAUCUGUCCGUGAGGACCAAAGGAUUCUUGCCAGUGGUGUGCAUGUUGUUGUUGGUACACCUGGUCGUGUUUUUGACAUGCUGCGUAGGCAGUCCCUCCGCCCUGAUAACAUCAAGAUGUUUGUUCUUGAUGAGGCUGAUGAAAUGCUUUCUCGUGGUUUCAAGGAUCAGAUUUACGACAUCUUCCAACUUCUUCCAGCCAAGAUUCAGGUUGGAGUCUUCUCUGCUACGAUGCCUCCUGAGGCCCUUGAGAUUACCCGCAAGUUCAUGAACAAGCCAGUCAGAAUCCUCGUGAAGAGAGAUGAGCUGACCCUUGAGGGUAUCAAGCAGUUCUAUGUGAAUGUUGACAAGGAAGACUGGAAGCUGGACACACUGUGUGACCUGUACGAGACCCUGGCCAUCACCCAGAGUGUCAUCUUUGUCAACACCCGCCGCAAGGUGGACUGGCUCACUGACAAGAUGAGGAGCAGGGACCACACUGUCUCUGCCACUCACGGUGACAUGGACCAGAACACAAGAGACAUCAUCAUGAGGGAGUUCCGGUCUGGUUCCUCCCGUGUGCUCAUCACCACCGACCUGCUUGCUCGUGGUAUUGAUGUUCAGCAGGUGUCCCUGGUCAUCAACUAUGAUCUUCCCACCCAGCCAGAGAACUACCUGCAUCGCAUUGGUCGUAGUGGUCGUUUCGGUAGGAAGGGUGUUGCCAUCAACUUUGUGACUCGUGACGACGAGCGGAUGCUGUAUGACAUCCAGAGGUUCUACAACGUGGUGGUUGAGGAGCUGCCUGCCAACGUUGCUGACCUUCUGUGA